AUGGAGGUAGCUCAAGGGAGCAUCUCGGCGAACGAGGCGGUUCGGAAAUCUGCUAAACGAACACACGAACUGUUUGGCUCCGAUUAUCUCUCCCCUGUUACGCCUAUAACCUCGGAAUCUAUUGGUGUCUCAUACCGGAGGAAAAAGGAAUACGGAGAUGUGCAGACGUUACCGCCGUCUCUAGCAGAGAAGCAAGCAAAAGCAGCUACAGCACGAGGGAAACGCACCAAAUUAAAACCAGAACCGGGCACGUCAACUGCGCUAGUGAAAAGCGCUGCUCCAGGUGGUGCGCAGUCAAGCGGAGAUGGCGCCCCUACGAGUCUCAUAAAACGGCUGGAUAUCUCCCAGCAACCGAAGCCGGACUGGCACGCGCCAUGGAAGUUGAUGAGAGUGAUAUCAGGUCAUUUAGGAUGGGUUAGAAGUCUUGCAGUAGAGCCGAACAACCAGUGGUUUGCCAGUGGUGCAGGAGAUCGCACUAUCAAAAUAUGGGAUUUGGCCACGGGCACUUUAAGGCUCACCUUGACAGGUCAUAUAUCCACAGUCAGAGGCCUGGCGGUUUCUCCAAGACAUCCAUAUCUAUUUUCCUGCGGAGAAGACAAGAUGGUCAAGUGCUGGGAUCUCGAAACGAACAAGGUUAUCCGACACUAUCACGGCCAUCUCAGCGGUGUCUACACACUUUCACUACACCCUACAUUAGAUGUACUGGUGACGGGAGGCAGAGAUGGUGUGGCGCGUGUCUGGGACAUGCGUACUCGAAGCAACAUCCACGUCCUCAGCGGUCACAAAGGCACAGUCUCGGACGUAAAGUGUCAAGAAGCAGACCCCCAAGUCAUUUCCUCCUCCCUUGACGCAACCGUACGAUUGUGGGAUUUGGCGGCUGGAAAGACAAUGGGCGUCCUAACUCACCACAAGAAAGGUGUCAGAGCGCUCACUACGCAUCCAAAGGAGUUUACGUUUGCAAGUGCUAGCGCUGGAAGCAUUAAGCAAUGGAAGUGCCCUGAAGGUGCAUUCAUGCAGAACUUUGAAGGUCAAAAUGCUAUAAUAAACACACUCGCUGUGAAUGAGGACAAUGUACUUUUCUCUGGUGGGGAUAAUGGUUCCAUGUCUUUCUGGGACUGGAAGUCAGGUUACCGUUUCCAGUCCCUGGACACAAUUGCACAGCCAGGUUCUCUAGAUGCCGAAGCAGGUGUCAUGGCUUCUACUUUCGACAAGACAGGCCUGAGAUUGAUUUGCGGAGAGGCUGACAAGACUAUCAAGAUCUGGAAACCUGAUGAUGAAGCCACCCCCGAGUCGCACCCUCUAGACUGGAAACCGACCCUCGGUAGAAAAAGAUAUUAG